CCACCACCAACAGCAGCAGCAGCUAGAAGAGGAGGAGGAGGAGAGGGAGGGGUUCAUCACUUUACUUUAUACACAGUCGACUAUCUGUCUCUGACAAGAUAAUUGGUUCCCUCAGGCGCUGUUUUUUUUUCUCUCUCUUUCUUAAACUCCGCUUUCCGUGCCGUCUACUACACCUGCCUGCCAAGCUGCAGCGCUGAUGGGCGCGGCUGGGACCGGUGCCCACAUCUCUCUGUUUUGACUUGCCUGGGGAAAAAAAAGUUGAGCAAAAAGGCUCAAAAGGACGGAGGACUUUAAGAACAUCCCACCACGGCGCGUCAACUUCAUAUAAACACUUUAUUCCUCCCUUGGACGCGAUCAGUCGGUCUGUCUCUGAGAGGAAUCCGGAUUUGAUUGAUUGUUGUUCGAGCUGGCUAAAGAUAAGAUGGGAUGGACGAGUUAACGAGACAGAUGGACAUCUCAGGAGGCUUGUCAGGAGAAAGGGUUGUGACAGAAACUAUAACCUCCACAACUAGGCUGACUUCUCUACCACCAAAGGGAACCAGCGGAUCAAAUCACAGGAAUAUGUCCAGCAGUGCUGGAGGGCUGGGCUUGGAGAAGAAUGUCUUAACCCAGAACAGCAGUGGAACUUAUUUCUCCUCAUCCUCUGUUGGUGUGAACACCAGCAGCUACAGCUCCUCCUCGGGAGUUUACCUAGGAGGUGACUCUUCAGGAGGGGGCGAAGGAGGGGGUGGCUACCUAGAUGGAGAGGGGUACAGAAGCGGAGGGGGCGGAAGCAGUUAUAUCGUGAGCUCGGUGUCAAAGGUCAGGUCCAGCUCCUCGGGUGGUGCCAGGAGAGCACAGACUGCUGGCUCAUCAGGAGGCCUGUCGCCAGCUUUCCGGGAGAGGAAGAACAUAUCUAGCCGCUCGGGAGGUUAUGACGGAAGUUCUAGUGCAAAUUCCUCUCCAGAAUUUACACGAAAAGAUUAUGGAAACUACUGCUCCAGUGCCACAAGAGGGAGGAGCGAAAGCAGAGAGAGCGAGAUCCGAGCCAGAUUACAAAGCGCCUCUCCCACUGCCUGCAGAUGGACGGAGCUGGACGACGUGAAGAAGCUGCUGAAGGGACGUUCCAGCAGCGUCAGCCCCACUCGCUCCUCCAGUGCCUCCAUGACCCUGCCUGUCCCUAAAAAGGCCAGCGUGGAAGCCAAGACCGUCUCUGUGGCCACGCAGUCGGUUUCUACUUCAUUUGGUCCUGGUGUGAGAUCGGCUGGAUUCAACACCAUUGAUACAUCAGGCCUCUAUGAUACCGGUCUGACAAAUGGGCAGUUUAAUACUGGCGUGAAAAAUGGCCAGUAUGAUAUCACUCUGAUAUCAAGCCAAUACGACACUGGUGUGAAAUCAGGCCACUAUGAUUCCAGUCUGAAAUCAGGGCAGUAUGAUACUGGUGUAAAAUCUGGCCAGUAUGAUGCCACUCUGAAAUCAGGGCAGUAUGAUACUAGUAUCAAGUCAGGACAGUAUGAUGUCACUCUGAAAUCAGGGCAGUAUGAUACUAGUAUCAAGUCAGGACAGUAUGAUGCCACUCUGAAAUCAGGGCAGUAUGAUACUAGUAUCAAGUCAGGACAGUAUGAUGUCACUCUGAAAUCAGGGCAGUAUGAUACUGGUGUAAAAUCAGGCCAGUACGACUCAAUGACCAGUAUGAGAUCAGGCCAGUAUGACACCGCUUUGAGAUCAGGCCAAUAUGACACGCUGGAUGCUACGCUUCCAUCUUUCUCCUGGUCCACCUCCACGCUGCCCUCCUCCACCACGGUGGUCGCUGGCAACACCAGUAGCUACACAUACCAGGUCAGCACCAACAACAUGGGAGGAACCACGUUGCUCGCCCCCACCUCACCUUCGUCCCUGUCAGUUUAUGGCUUUCAGAAUAAUCUGGCACCCACCUCUGGCAGUGUGCUCACCACCAGUGGAGCCAACGUAAAUGCUAACCUUGGAGGUUAUGGCGUUCAGAAGAACGUGUCAAAUGGUGGUGGUGUCGUCAGCACUGGAGUCUCUACAACCACUAGAUCCCAAACUGAUGAGGCAUAUAAGAAAGACUAUAAGUUCUUGAUCUCCGAUAAGGAGAACGUUCCAGCAAAGAGGGACACAGAGAUGCUCAUUUUGGCCAAAGACAGCGGGAAGCAGUUCACCAGCCAGCAGCAGCGGUCUUCUCGUAGGAGGAGCAUCCUGGAUUUACACAGUCCUCCUAACCAAUCUCAGUAUAGAACCAACAUGUUAGAACCCAAUAAGUAUGAUAAAAGCAGUGUUAAAAGUAUUUCUAAUUUCAUAGGGUCACUAUCAGGAGAUUCAAUAAAGAAGGAGAAGCUUAUUUCAAGCUACAGUGAGACGGCCCCACUGAAGACAGAGACGGGCAACUCUUACUAUGGAUCGUCUGGAGUUAUAAUGAAAGACAAAGCCACCUACGCAGAGAUUCACAGAGACAGCGGCAUCUUCGGAGGUGGAGGAUUUUGCUGCUGCUCCGACUCUUGUUGCUCUUGGUGGAAAUGGCUGCUGGGUCUUCUCCUCCUGUCCCUGCUUCUGCUAGGACUCCUGUUUGGCCUCAUCGCACUGGCUGAGGACGUGAGAAAGCUGAAGAAUCGAGUGGCUGCCCUGGAGGCUGAGUCCUCUGUCGUCUCUGCUCGUACCAGUCGGUUUUCAAGUUCUUCCAAUGACAUCUAUGUGGCCGGUGGAGGUGGGACUCACACUGACACCACGGUACACUUGGGCGCUGGAGGUGGAGGUGGAGGGUCAACUUCCAAAACACAAAUCGGAAUUGCCGCUGGUGCUGGUGGCGGUUCUAGUGGCAAUGAUGUCGGCGUUGGCGUUGCUGGUGCUGGUGCUGGUGCUGGUGAUACCAAUGGGGCCAGAGUUGGAGGUGCCGGCACCAGCUCCAGUGGCAGCUCUGGUGGUGCUGGUACCAGCUCCAGUAGUAGCUCCGGUGGUGCUGGUACCAGCUCCAGUGGCAGCUCUGGUGGUGCUGGUACCAGUUACAGCGGCACCUCCAGCAGUUCUGGUACCAGCUACAGUGGCACCUCCGGCAGUACCGGUACCAGUUACAGUGGCACUGCCUUUGGUGUCGGCGUGAGUGGAGGAUACGUAGAUGCUGUUGCUCUUCAGGUGGCGAUCCAGCGUGUGCUCAGAGCUGAAAUGCAGUCACAUGCAUUCACAGUGUAUGGAGAAAGAGGGCCGCCUGGACCUAAAGGGGACACUGGAGCUAAAGGUGAUCCUGGUUUCCCUGGAAUUCCAGGUCCUCCAGGCGCGUUAGGACAUGCAGGCCCUGAGGGUCCUAAAGGACAAAAAGGAAGCCCAGGUGAUCAUGGGCUGGAGGGGCCACCAGGUCUCAGGGGUCGUGAGGGCCCAGUUGGCCCCAGAGGUGAGCCAGGACCUGCAGGAUUUGGAGUGAAAGGUGACAGAGGUGCUCCUGGAAGUCCUGGGGUUCCUGGGCCUGUGGGACUUGCCGGAGCAGAUGGACCAAAAGGCGCACCAGGAGUUCCUGGGCUUUCUGGGCCACCAGGUCAACCAGGUCCUCAGGGUUUCCGUGGCGAGGCAGGGCCUCCUGGGUCUAAAGGUGACAGAGGGCUGGCUGGAUUUCAAGGAGCUAAAGGUGACCCUGGUGACAAAGGCCCCAGAGGACUGCCAGGUGAUCCCGGUUUACCAGGUCUACCUGGGGUGGCUGGAGAGAAAGGAUCCAAAGGGUCAAUGGGGCUGGCUGGACAUGAUGGUGCAAAAGGAUCAAGAGGUGACCAAGGACCUGCUGGGCCCCCUGGACUCAGAGGACCUGCUGGACCUCCUGGAGAUGCUGGACUUCCAGGAGCACCUGGGCUUCAAGGACCACCAGGGAUACCAGGAAAUCCAGGACAACCAGGUGCCAAAGGUGACACUGGUGAAGCAGGACGAAUCAUCAAUGCGGCUGGUUCCUCUUCAAUUGCCAUCCCAGGACCACCUGGGCCUGCUGGUCCUCCCGGCCCUGCAGGACCUCCUGGAUUAUCAGGUCCCAUUGGCCCUGCUGGUCUGCCUGGCCAGCCUGGUCCUAAAGGUGACAGAGGAUAUAAGGGAGACCAGGGAGAACCAGGAAUAACAGUGAGAAGGACUGAAACUAUAAGUUCAACUAGGGCUGAGAGUCAGUAUGGUGCUGCCGGAGAUUCAAGAUUAGCUGGCCCACCUGGUCCACCAGGUCCACCUGGGCCUCCUGGACGUCCAGGUGACUCAAGACAAGGACCCCCAGGACCACCUGGGCCUCCAGGUCAACCAGGUUAUGGAAGACCAGGACCUAAGGGAGACAAAGGAGACUCAGGCUUUGUAUCCAGCUCUGGAACAUAUUACACUGGACCACCAGGACCACCUGGGCUUCCUGGGCCUAAAGGAUCAACAGGUUCUCCUGGACCAAGGGGCUACCAAGGUGAGCCAGGACAGCCAGGUAUACCAGGCACCCCAGGAAGCCCCGGAACCUCUGAGAGAGUGUCAACUUAUGCUGGAGGACAUGGGAUCCCUGGACCACCAGGUCCACCUGGGCCUCCUGGACGUCAAGGACCACCAGGAAUCAAAGGGGACACUGGAGCUCCGGGUAUUCCUGGCUCUUCAAGAGGCUCCAUCUCAGUCACUUCAGGCCCUCCUGGUCCCCCAGGUCCUCCUGGUCCUCCUGGCCUGCCGGGCUCCUUCGCGUCCUCUAGCGAGAUGCGCCAGUACAUCACUGACUAUCUAAGUAGAAUCAGACAGGCUGGUAUCCCUGGACCUGCGGGUCCACCUGGGCCUCCGGGAAUCCCCGGAACCUUCACAGGCUCAAUAGAGGACCUUUCCAGUCGUGUCAUUGCAUACCUGCAAAGGUCGGGCUCAAGCUCAGGCAUCAUUGUUGGUGUUCACGGUCAUGCAGCACCACCUGAGGCUUUGUCCCGCAGUCAACUCAUUGCCCUGCUUCAGAGUGAGGAUAUGAGGAGAUACUUGAUAGGACCACCAGGACCACCAGGGCCACCAGGGCCAGCAGGACACCCAGCAAUACAAGGGCAAACACAACAAAUUACACGCCACUACAAUGUAGAAGAGAUUGCCACAUAUGUCUUCAACAUCAUGAAUGACAGAGGAAUCGCUAGAGGUCCACCUGGGCCACCUGGGGAACCUGGACUACCUGGUCGUCCUGGGCCUCCUGGUGCAGGAGGCUCUGGCUUCAGUACCGCUAUGAUUGACUAUUCUGCACUGAGUAAAAAUCCAGACUUCCGCUCAUGGAUCAGCUCUUCCAUACAACAAGGUCCUCCCGGUCCUGCAGGUGCUCCAGGGCUACCUGGCCCUCCUGGCCCUCAGGGGCCUCCAGGAGUCUCCACUGCCACUGUGUAUGGGGCAGAAGGCCGUGGCUACAGCUUGGAGGAUAUUCAGCGUUACCUGCAGGGUUCUGGUUUCAGAGGUCUUCCUGGUCCUCCUGGUCCGCCCGGACCACAGGGCCCACCAGGCACUUUCACUAGAUCAGUUUCCUAUAGCGGAAACUUACCUCGGGAGAGCAUCCGGGCUGAAGUUCAGGAGUAUCUGACCAGUGACAGUGUUCGUCGUUACAUCACCGGACCACCGGGGCCUCAAGGACCUCAAGGACCUCAAGGAACUCAAGGACCUCAAGGACCUCAAGGACCAAGGGGUCAGAAAGGAGAACGUGGAGAGCCCGGUUACAUCCAGACACGCACACAGAGCCAGAGCUACUCUCAGAGUGACUCUCGCUAUGGCUCUGAGCACAGAGAGAUCGAUCUCAGCAAGCUCACCGAGACGCUGGACUACUCCAACGUCGCCUUGAAAGUUACAGACUACAUCAAGAAUCAAGGCCUGCUGCAGGAGUAUCUGGUUGAGGGUCCUUCCAGGACAAACGUACGAGCGAUUCAAGGCCCCCCCGGUCCACCUGGCCCUCCCGGACCACCCGGUUACAGCCGUGUCAUUGGGGCCUACGGCAAUGUCACAGCUGACCUCAUGGACUUCUUCAGAACCUAUGGCACCAUCCCCGGCCCUCCAGGAGGCCCCGGACCAAAGGGAGACAGAGGGUACCCAGGACCCAGAGGAGAGAAGGGUGAUCCAGGACGCCCAGGUUUACCAGGAUUACCAGGGUCAUACACUGUCCAGAUUCCACACAGAGUGCAGAAGAGGGAUACAGGCAAUAAAGAGGUUGGUCGUCGUCAGCAGCCUCGCCGUCAGGGCUAACAUACUACUGGAUCAUGUCAGAUUUCAUUUCCAUUUUACUCUUUUUUUUUUUUUUUUAAGAUGUUCAACUUAAGCAAUGCAAGUAGAAAAAAAAAGAAGCUCUUUAUUGUUGCCAUGUGCAGAAACGUCAGAGGACAUUUUCAGAAAAUAAAAACGGGCAAAUAUAUGCGACAGUUAGUGGUCAGAGUUUUUGUGACACAGACUAACUAUAUUUUUUAUUUUGGACAUGUGGGUGUAUAAUGUUUACUUUGCUUAGUUAGAAGCUUGCAUUCAAACAUUUUUCCGGGGGCAGCUUUGUUUUAAGGAGUAUGUAUUUUUAAGCGAUAGCUAGCGAUUGCUGAUAUUUUAAAUUGCACUUUGCAUCUUUUUUUCCCCCAUCGCUUGUGUGACUGCUUGAGCGUCUGGUGUACUGUUAUUUGUUAUAUUCGUUGUCUUUGAGGAUUAUAUUGUAUUGAGGACUAUAAAAGUGUUAAUUGUUGUAUCAAGGUAAAAGACUUGCAAUAUUUUCAUGUUAUCCACAUAGGUCAAGUCAUCCUGCAGCGUCUAAGACCCCCUGGCAGUUAUCCAUUCACCCCGUUCAAAUUACAAAGCAAUUUACUUUUUAAAAAUUUCCAAAGCAAUGCAUCAUUAUCAGGAGCUGACACAGUCCCAGUCAGUGAGGUUGGUUUGUGCAGCAUGGGUGGGUAAGGGUGAAUCCAGUUGCUCACAUGGUUGAAAGACAGAGACUCAUAAUCACUGAGAAAUGACUGAUUGGGUUGUAUAUUUUUGUAUAAGAGCGCACUGAAAUUGAUAUAUUUUCUUUAUACAUUUAAGUGUUAGAAAGAUUAAAUUAUAAAAUGUUCCCAGAUUAUGUUUUACAUGAUUGAACUUACUGACAUUUGAUCAAUAUAUUUGAAACACACACAAAUAAAUCUAUUUUUGGA